AUGGCAUCCAAGCAGCUCGACUUCUUAACUAGCAAGCUUGGUUUUAUGGAAACAAAGCCAUCCGGGCUCGAAAGUCAACAAGGGCUUGAAGAUGUGAACUACAUUCACCAUGGUGGCAAUAAUGGAAACUUCAACAUCCCAACCAAGGGGGUUUACAACCACUAUGGGAACAAGGUGUAUCCCAACUUGCCUUACGGGAAUGCCAACAACGCUCUGCAGCCCCCACCAAGAUUCCAAGUGUCUAAUGGCCAAGUCAAAGAGUUGAAGAAGGCCGAGCUUGAAGAAGUCUUGAUGACAUUUAUAAAACACACAGACGAAUGCAUGACACAAUCUAAUCAGAGGUUGGAUAGGGUAGAAGCUAAUGUGGAAGGUUUGAACAUACACAUGAAGAGCAUCGACACUCAACUCAAUCAGAUUUGCCAAGCUAUGGGAACUCUACCCAAGCCUGGGCAAUUUCCUGGUAAUACAAGUAUCGAUCCCAUCAAACACAAAGAGUGCAAAGCCAUCUGCGCGAGCAUUAAACCCGAUAAAGUGGAAGAAGGGAUGGAUAAAGAGACUGCAGAUGAUAGUGCUUUUGAGGAAGAAGAGAAACGACCAAAGCCACCUCGAUUGGAGCCAUAUACUCCUAAGAUACCAUUCCUGAGCCAGAUCAAGAAGAAGAUUGUGGAUGAAAAUUUUGAAAAAUUGUUGGACAUCUUCAGGAAGGUGAAUGUGAAUAUCCCACUAGUAGAGGCUCUACAACAGAUGCCCAAGGAUGCAAAGUUCCUAAAAGACGUGAUCUCCAAGAAGAAAAAGUGGGUGGAGUAUGAAACUGUGAGCAUGUCGGAAAAUUGCAGUGCCAUAAUCCAGAAGAAAUUGCUUGCAACGCUCGAAGACUCUGGAAGUUUCAACAUAUCAUGUGUUAUUGGUGAUGAUAAACACACGAAGGCACUUUGUGAUUUGGGUGCUAGCAUCAACUUGAUGCCUCUAUCCUUCUUUAGAAAGAUGAAAAUCGGCACUCUCAAGCCGACUAGAAUCACGCUCCAAAUGACCGAUAGAUCUGUCACCUAUCCUAAAGGAAUCAUUGAAGAUGUGUUGGUGACUUUAUAUUUCCCGUUGAUUUUGUUGUGCUUGACAUGGAAGAACAUUGGAAUGUGCCGCUUAUCCUUGGUCGGCCUUUCUUAG